CGUAAUAAUCGUGCGGGCAGCGUGUGGGAGGUUUAGCAAUUUUCGCCCAGACACUGACUAGACUCGACCCUCCAGCCCUAACUAUUCCUGUUCCGUUCUCCUCCCCCUCGCCGGCGCCCUGGCGGCCUCCCCUCGCGCCGGCGUGCCACCAAUCGACGCCUCUUAGCUACUUUCUCCGGUUAGCCCCAUAGCAUCGCAGUACCCUCUCCACCGAGCGCGUCUCCACCCAGGCACCCUUCUAACUUCUAAGCGCGCUACGCCACCUCUCGUCCUUCUCUCUAGGAUUCCUCCUCCCCCUGCUGCCGCUGCUCCCCGUUCCUCCUCCAAUCCAAAUCCCCUUCCGUUCUGUGAGGGACACUCCAGUCCAUCCUGCUUGUUGCGGAGUUUGUUUGGUGCGUGGUGCUCUGGUGGAGUAUUUAGCAGUUGAUUUCCCAAAAAUCUUGGGGUUUCAACUGAACCCCCAUGCCCUAUAUUAAGGGUCGUAAGUCAUGCAGUUCGAUGAUGAUCGGGACAUUGGUGUCGGUGGUGUCAAUGGCGAAGUUGAUGACAAGGUGGACGAGCCUACCAGCUGUUCAGAUGCCUACGCUGUGGCAUCAGCGCAAAUGCUACACCUCAUAUGCGUCGCGGACCGGAGGGACGAAGGACUUUAUGCAAUGCAUGUGGCAUAGCAUGGGCAAAGGGGAAAAUGAGAAAAGUUAUUGAUUCUGAUGCCCACGUAGAUGAUGCUGCAAUUGCAAAAAUGGUGCCAGAACUUGGCAUGGAAUUUGACAAUGAAGAUAAAGCAUAUGAGUUCUACAACAGGUAUGCUGGACAUGUGGGCUUUAGUGUUCGUAAGAGUUCAUCAGACAAAUCAGCUGAAAACAUCACAAGGUCAAGAACCUUUGUAUGCUCGAGAGAAGGUUUCCGUAAGGACAAGAAAGGAGCUAAAGAAGUUAAGAGGCCACGACCAGAAACAAGAAUAGGAUGCCCUGCACGGAUGACAAUUAAGAUUACAUCGGAUGGGAAAUAUCGUAUUGCAGAAUUUGUAGCAGACCAUAACCAUCAGCCAGCACCUCCAUCAACCAUGCAUAUGCUGAGAUCUCAGAGAGUACUUACCGAGCUGCAAACAACGGAAGCAGACUCCUCAGAAGAUUCAACAACACCGUCAAGGUUUUCUAGUGGUUCUUUAGCGUGGCAAGCAGGGCCAGCUGGAAGCGUCAACUUCCUCCCUGCUGAUUAUAGGAGUUCACUUCGUUCAAAGCGUAUGAAAAACAUGCAACCCGGUGAUGCAGGAGCUGCUGUAAAGUACUUGCAGAGCAUGCGGAUGAAUAAUCCUUCAUUCUUUUAUGCUUUUCAGCUUGAUGAGGAUGACAAACUGACCAACAUUUUCUGGACUGAUUGCAAAUCUAGAAUUGACUUCAACUACUUUGGCGAUGUGGUCUGUUUGGACACAACCUACAAAAUAAAUGCACAUGGCAGGCCAUUAACACUCUUCCUUGGAGUGAAUCACCAUAAGCAAAUUUCCAUAUUCGGUGCAGCUUUGCUUUAUGACGAAUCAACAGAGUCUUUCAAGUGGUUGUUUGAAACAUUCAAGAUUGCCACAGAUGGAAAGCAGCCAAAAACAAUCUUGACUGAUCGAUCAAUGGCAGCAACGGCUGCCAUAACAGCAGCAUGGCCAGGUACAAUUCAUUGCCUUUGUCCAUGGCAAGUGUACCAAAAUGCUGUCAAACACCUUAAUCACAUCUUCCAAGGCUCUAAGACAUUUGCAAAGGAUUUCAGCAAAUGUGUUUACGAGUAUGAGGAAGAAGCGGACUUCUUGCUAGGAUGGACAACUAUGCUAGAGAAGUAUGAUCUCAGAAACAAUGAAUGGCUUCGUAAAUUGUUUGAAGAUCGAGAUAAAUGGGCUUCAGUGUACACUAGGGAUGUAUUCACUGCAGAUAUAAAAAGUUCAUUACAGUCAGAAAGUAUCGGUAGUGUCUUGAAGAAGUACUCGAGUCCACAGUUUGAUCUGUCAUCUUUUUUCAAGCAUUUUGAAAGAUCACUGGAUGAGCAUCGAUAUGCUGAGCUGCAAGCUGAUUUUCAUGCAAGCCAAAGCUUCCCAAGAAUACCUCCCUCCAAGAUGCUUAGACAAGCUGCUAGCAUGUACACACCAGUGGUUUUUGAAAUUUUUCGCAGAGAGUUUGAGAUGUUUGUGGAUUCAGUGAUUUAUAGUUGUGGGGAGGCUGGGACUGCAUCUGACUAUAGAGUAGCCGUAACAGAUAAACCUGGGGAGCACUAUGUUAAGUUUGAAUCCAGUGACUUCUCUGUUUUUUGCAGUUGCAAAAAGUUUGAAUCAAUGGGUAUCCAGUGCUGCCAUGUGUUGAAGGUUUUUGACUUCAGAAAUAUAAAAGAGUUACCACACAAAUAUUUCAUGGGAAGAUGGAAGAAGGACGCAAAGUCUGUAAAUACAGGCAAUCAAGAAUUUCUGAAUGAUGGAGCUUCACAAACUACCUGCUCUUCUUUAAAUGCUCCUGGGCCAUUUAUAGAUCACCAACACAUGCAAACAAAUAAUCAGCCUAACCAUGAUUCUUCUGUUUCUAACUUCCACCGGCAAGGCCUUCAUGGAGAUGCACAAGGAAAUCAGGGUUAUACUCCCUUAGCUGGGAUGCAUCAGCAACAGUUCACCGGAAAUUUUCACCUUAACAUUGGAACAGGUUUUUGAUUAAUAAAAUGGAACUGGGGCUUUGACCCAGUUGGUCCAGAAACCAUGAAACAGGCUGCUAUCUUUGCAAAUCUUGUGUAAAUUAUAAUGUGUGUUCCUGUAGUAUUAGAAAUGUCAAUCCAGUUAGCUUUCUGGAAACUAUCUUUAGACGCUGCUGAAUAGUCGGACCUUGGAAUCGGUAUGUUCGUUCCAGUUGGAAGUUUGUUUAAUGUUAUAGAGAAUGGAAGUUCCACUGGCA